ACAUGAUAAUCACCAAAAUGGCCGACUAUGAAAAAUUCAUCACCGGCUGUUUUCCUUCAAUAGAUCCAGAAAUUGUCAGUUAUGUUACUGGAAUGCUUGAAGACUCGGAUGUUGUGGCAUCCUCAGAUGACAUGUUUGAAGCGAUUGGUCCUUUCUUUGAACAAGUUGAUGUUAACAAAACAGAAGAUGAUAUACGUGAAAUAUGUAACAGAUUAUAUGCUUUAAUUGGCAAACAGGAUACAGUAGGGGAAGUAAGCAAUGGUCCACACAAGAUUCUAGAUGCACCUGUUCACCUUGGUGCUCUGAUUGAGGAUAAAAAGGACAAGACAGAAUCAACAGGCAGUAUAUGGAUGUCAAAAAGGGACAGCACUCUGCAAGUAGAUUCUAAACAGCUGGCGAAAGCAGAGGCUCAGAUACAAAAGAAACAGAAAAAACAAGCAGACAAAGAUGGUGUAGCUUCUAAAAAACCAAAUGGAGUAUUGGAUGGACCCACAGCAAGUCAGCAGUUUAAUAAACGAGACAUGAAGUUUGAUGCUUCCGGUGCUAACAGAUCGUAUGAUAUCAAAAUAGAAAACUUUGAUAUUGCUUUUGGUGACAGAGUGUUACUUACUGGUGCUUCAUUACAUCUAUCAGAAGGUAGAAGAUAUGGUUUGUGUGGUAGAAAUGGUCUCGGUAAAACUACGCUUUUAAAAAUGAUCUCUAGUGGAAAUUUACAGAUCCCGUCACACAUAUCAAUUCUGCAUGUAGAACAAGAAGUGGUGGGGGAUGAUACACUAUCAUUAGACAGUGUUCUAGAGAGUGAUGAGGAAAGACAUAAACUUCUUACACGAGAAAAAGAACUUAACCAAUUACUUAAUUCUAGUGAACACAAGGGGGAGAAUUCAUUAUCAACAGAGUUAUCUGAGAUCUAUCAGAAACUUGAGGCUAUUGAGGCAAGUAAAGCCCCGGCUAAAGCAGCUGUGAUACUGGCAGGUCUCGGCUUCUCUCCUCAGAUGCAGAGAGCUCCUACUAGGUCACUGUCUGGUGGUUGGAGAAUGAGACUGGCGUUAGCAAGGGCGUUGUUUUCAAAACCAGAUCUUCUGUUACUUGAUCAACCUACAAACAUGUUGGACAUGAAAGCCAUUAUAUGGCUGGAAAAUUAUCUACAGACUUGGCCGACAACGAUAUUAGUAGUAUCACACGACCGUUCCUUCUUAAAUUCAGUUUGUACAGAAAUUGUGCAUUUACAUGAUAAAAGACUGGACACUUAUAAAGGAAAUUAUGAUCAAUUUGAUAAAACUAAAGAAGAAAGAAUGAAAAAUCAGAAGAAAGAAUACGAGGCACAGAAGCAGUAUAGAGAUCAUAUACAGGUGUUUAUAGACAGAUUUAGAUAUAAUGCAAAUAGGGCUUCUCAAGUACAGAGUAAAUUAAAACUUUUAGAAAAAUUACCUCCAUUAGAACCUCCAGGUAAAGAAAGUGAGGUCACUAUAAGGUUUCCUGAAUGUGAAAAAUUGUCUUCAAAUAUAUUACAAUUGGACGAGUUGCAAUUUUACUAUAGUAAAGAUAGGAUAAUCUUUGAUAAUGUUGAUUGUAAUGCCAAUAUGUCUUCAAGAAUUUGUAUAGUUGGUGAAAAUGGUGCGGGUAAAACAACAUUACUGAAAAUAUUAUUAGGAGAUUUAUCUCCGACUAAAGGUAUACGACACGUACACAGAAGUUUACGUAUUGGUUACUUUAGUCAGCAUCACGUAGAUCAGCUUGAAAUGGAACUGAAUUCUAUAGAACUUUUGCAACAAAGAUUUCCUGGUCAGACUAUUGAGCAAUAUAGAGGGGUGUUAGGGCAGUACGGUGUCAGCGGAGAGCUUGCUACACGACCUGUUACUAGUCUUUCUGGAGGUCAGAAGAGCCGAGUGGCUUUUGCAGUCAUGAGUAUGACCAAUCCAAAUUUCUUCAUCCUUGAUGAACCUACCAAUCACUUAGACAUGGAGACGAUAGAAGCACUCGGUUUUGCUCUCAAGAAAUUUGCUGGAGGAGUUAUUCUGGUAUCUCACGACGAGCGUCUUAUAAAGAUGGUGUGCGAAGAACUCUGGGUGGUUCGAGACAAGAAGGUGGUGUCAUUAGAGGGCGGGUUCCCACAGUACAAACAGAUUGUCGAGGAAGAAUUAAGAGCACAAGGCUGUUGAUGAAGGCCUCUAUCUUAGCCAUUGUUAUAUUUAUAUAUACAAUAUGUUCCUUAGUUGUACAUGUUAAAACUACACGCAUACAGUCUAACACUGUGGUUAAAAGCCACUUUCAAUAAAUUACUGUGGUUUCAGGCCACCUUCAAUAGGUAAAUUUGGUAAAGGCCACUUUUAAUUAUGAACAACAAAAUAACCUUUUUAGGAAUGGCCUUAAAUUCAAAACUUACAUUUGAACAAUUAAAAUACUAAAAUUUAUUUGUUAGGAUUGUUUUUUUUUCAAAUUUUUAAUAUGCACAGUUGCUACUAUGUCC